UGUCCGAAUACACGUUGAAGAUAAACCACGUUGCACCGACUAAACAACUGAAAGUGAACAAAUAAAGAGACUUACAUCUACAACCAUGGUGCACCAGAGAAGUUUCAUUUUUAUAUCAUUUAUAAUUUUUUCUUUACUUCAUAUCGUAAAGAGCAAAGACGAGAACGACAUAAAAUUUGCAAGCAAACAAAGUGGAUAUCAAAAUGCAGACGACGCUUUUGAUGAAGACGAUGAUGGCAAAAGUGAUGAAGAUGUUGACGAGGAAGACAAAGAUGAAAAUGUGAAAGAACAUGGUAAAAGUGACGAUAGUAGGAAUUUUUACAGCUUUACCGUGCUUGAUUCAGAAGGAAAGGGUGUUGACUUAGGAAAAUACAAGGGAAAGAUCACCUUGGUAGUAAAUGUAGCAUCAGAAUGUGGAUAUACAGAUAACCAUUACAAAGCACUAUCAAAGAUACAUAACCAUUUAGUUACAACUGGACGAUUUUCAGUAUUAGCUUUCCCAUGCAACCAGUUUGGAAAACAAGAGCCAGGAACUAAUGAAGAAAUCCAAAAAUUUGCAAAGGAUAGAUACAGAGCUAAAUUUCCUGUAUUUGGAAAAGUUAAUGUUAUUGAAAGUGAUGUAUCUCCAGCAUGGCAGUACUUAAUAGAUGAAACUGGUGAAGCUCCUUCCUGGAAUUUCUUCAAAUAUCUUGUCAAUGAAAAUGGUGAUGUACUGCAUGCAUGGGGAGCAUGGACAUCUGUUGAUGAAAUCUAUUCAGUAGUGCAGGAAGCAGUGACGAAUGCAAUGAGAAGACCAAAAACUGAACUGUAAUUUGUAACUUGUUAUGCACAGACAUGCAAAAAAAUUACUCACUGAAAUUUGUUCACAGUAUAUUCUGUAGAACCCAUGUUAAAAAGUGUUUACAUACUUAUAGGGGUUUUUACAUUUUCUUCACAGGAAAUAUUGAUCAUUGGCUAUUUAACUAAAUUUUGUAUCACACACAUCUUCAAAUACAUACCUUAUUCUUUAAUGUGUAAACUUUUCAUAGGAUAAUUUUUAUGGAUGAAAUCUUUUAAGUCCUGGGAUAAAAAAAAUUCCCAAUUAACAGUUGUUUAAAAUAUAGAAUGAACACAUAACUGUAUGAAAAAUGUCAUUCGAGACAUAUAUCCAAAAAUUAUCAAAUAUAGCUUAAAUUUCUCACAGAAAUGUUUUCAUAGACCCUGUCUAUCACAAAAUUAAUUGGGCUAUAUGAAUUAUAGAACAAUAAAAAUCGUACAUAGCCCACUUUUUGCAUGUCUGUAGUUAGUAUUGUUUGUGCCAGUUACUUAUCACUUUUAAACUUAUGGAAACAUAUCAAAUCAUAAUAUAUUGUGUAUAUGAAUGUGUCUUAUUUGAUGACUUAGAUAAUGUAAAGUUUUGUCAUAUGUAAUAUUUAAAAUCUGUUUGAAUUUUAUUAUUGUUUCUACAUGAUUUGA